AUGCCGAGGUGGUCUUCACUUGGCGUACCAAAGAGCAACGAAGAGCAGAAUGCUCCAAAGGACAUUAUUUCGCAGACGCAGGUCUACGUGCUUUGCAUCCCCUCUCGUCGCCAGCAUGCUUCACAGCUUAUGGAGCGUUGGGGCUUCGAUGCAGAGCUGGUGAAUGGCCCGGACAAGCACGAGAUGAAUUUGGACGAGUUGGUUGCUUCGGGCGUUAUUCUGGAGAGCUACCUUGAUGUGAUCUGGCAAGAUGUGGAGUACAUGCCCGAGGGCAAGGUGGCAUGCCACCUCGGACAUCUGAACAUACUUCGGCGCUUUCUCGCCGACACCAAGAAAAACUACGCUCUCAUCUUUGAGGAUGACCUAGAGCCCGGGCCCCCCGACCUCUCAUCGAGGUUGAGAGAGUUCCUGUCGAGAGUGCCAGCUGAUUUCGACCUGCUCCAUCUGGGUUUCGUGCGGGAAAGUCAAGAGGCGCGAAGAGCUGUGGACGGCAGCGGCCACGUCUUCCGUUCUGUGGAGGCCUUGGGCCGUCAUGCCUACCUCGUCACAAAGCGGGUGGCUGAGCUCUUGGUCGAGCACACGUUGCCGAUGCACAACCACGGUGACAAGAUGUUCCAACAGGUUUAUCAAGCAUGCAAGCUGAGGGCAUACCAUCCCAGGGAGCCCCUGUUCUACCAAGACAGGAUAAACUUCGAGUCCGAGCUCACGGAGAGGUGGAAGCCUUCACGCGCCUUCCAACCGACGUCGGAGAAGGACUUCAUACGUGACUGUGACCGGCCAGAGAUGGAGCGCAGGCAUCAACGGAAACUUCAAGAGCAGACACAGAUCAUGGCGAUGCAGUCCAAGAUAUCUGCUGCACUAUUUUUGAACAUUGAUGGCGUGCUGAAUACCGUCGACGAGCCUUUUGCGUCUUCGCGCUGCGGGCGCGCGGAGAAACGACCGCUACAACGACUCGCACACGUCUUGCAAAGAGCUCCCAGCUGCGUGGUGCUGACUAGUCCCUGGAGGCUGGACGAGCGUUAUGCUGGUCGGCUUGGCUCUGCCCUGGCGCGCGAAGGGGUGCCGUGGAUAAUGGCCGCAAUUGCGGCAACACCAGAUGGAAGAAGUAGCGGUUCUGAGAAUGAGGAGCUGCGCCUUGUCGAAAUCGGAUGCUGGCUGGAAGACAACACGUGGGUGCAGGAAUGGGCGAUCCUAGACUCUUUCGAUCUCUCCGAGCUUGAUGAUGCCCUGUUUGGCCGUGUAGUUUGCACUGAUUACAGUGCCGGGCUACAAGAGGAAGAGGCUGAAGUUCUGGUCAAGAUGCUAGAGGGGACAAGAGUUUUCGGCAUCUCUUGCCCAUGCACUGCCAGAUACACCAAGCAGGACUACGAGAUGACAGAAGAUGACCGAUCUCCUGUUAAUGUCGGGACUGUUCUUCCAGGAAGCAAAAGCUGCCACCUCGCCGGGUUCGUUGGCGCUUUUCCAUGGAUUUGCUCCACGACCGAGAUGCUGGAGCCUCCGGUGGGAGGAGCAGUCGACAGCGUGGCACGCACCAAUGAACAGUUGGCAAGGUACAUGUACAAUGAUGUCAAGGUGUGUGACAGGUGCGGUCGGCCGUGCGCGCACAAUCAAAAGGCCUGUCAAGGCUGUGGGCACACCUUGGAGAAUGUCCCCAUAACGCAGACGGAGAACGUCAUGAUGGGCUUUAUUUUCGGCGUUGAGCGCACUUUAAAGUUCCCGCUGAUGAUCUCGAUCCGCAGGCAAACCGACCACGUCAUCGUUUUUGACGACUUGUUGGCAAUGUCCACGUGCCACCUCAAUGCUCUCCUGACAAGCCACUACUGCCAGGACUGGAGAUGGCUGCUGCGAGAUCCGUCAACCGCCUUAGGCCUAUUGGACGAGAUGGAGGCAGAGGCUUGGCAGGCCACUUUGUCCUUCUUCUCGGACGAGCAGUGGCGGAAGUUCGUGUACAGAGAAGGUGUUACCAAAGAGAUGGUGAGGGACAACAUCAUAUGUGGUUUCAACUCGCCGCCAUCGCAAUAUCAGUUGCAUUUGCAGUGGAUUGUGCUGCCUCUGAUGCCCUUCCAUCACUCGAAGCUUCUGGACGGACUGCAUGCCCAGCGAGGCAGAUGGUUUCCUCUCGAGUACGUCAGAAGAAUCUUGGAUGAGCUCGUUGCAGAAGGGAAGACGUUCGACAUACGCGCGGACACGCCUGUGGACGAGAUCAUCCAAUACUUCAACAGCAAGGGCGUCUACUAUGAGGAAGUUUGGGCAGAGUGUUACCAGAAGUACUGCGCCAGCUAUGCCCUGAGCAAUUGGAAGGCAGAGGACUUCAAAUACGUGGUCCUCGAGGGGCAAGUGCAUGAAAUUCAGGAGGCUCUUCCGGGAGGUCACGUGCGUGUGGGCAAUAAGCUACACCUCGAUCCUGUCAGCCUCCAUAACGAGGACAAGAUGCUGCUCCAAAACUACGGCCGUCGAAGCGAAAGUGAUGGAGGUAAACCAUCUGGUACGUACUAUAAGCAUCACAAGGCGCUCAAGAUCGGAGAUGGAGGGAACUCUUCCACGUGCGUGGACUCCAAGCGGCUUCUGAACUCUUGGUUGUGUACUGCAUUGACCCACGUCAUUGGGAAAAGAGCCCCUGGGGUGACCACCGGAGAUGUGGACCUUUCAGGCUACAGCAUCAGACCAAGCAUGAUGCAUAUUGUCCGCAAUCUGCGAGAUGGUGGAAACACGAUCACGCGAUAUCACACGAGCCGGCUGAUCGCUGAGUCCCUGGAGGCGCUGGCCGAAUCACUGCGCAGCAUCGGCUCACGUCUAGUUACUGUCGCCGGACGACCCGAGGAGGUACUGCCGCAGCUUUUGCCACCGGGGUCUUUGCUCGUGUACCAGGCAGAGGACACUCACGAUGAGCAGCAAGUGGAAGAGGCGAUCCUCGGCAGACUUCCAGCAAAUGUCGAGGUGCGCCGCCAUUUCGGCCAGACUCUCCGGAACCGCGAGGAUCUGGGCUUCGACAUUUUGGAGUGGUUGCCACUCCCAUUCGGCAAGUUCUACCACGAGACGUGUGCGGCCGUAACUCCGCGCCAGGAGCUGCCUACCCCAGGGCAGCUGCCACCUUCCAAAGAAGCCGGACUGGGACUCGACAUGGUGCAGCCAGUGGCCGGAUGUUUGCUGCAAGCCAUGGGUCUGGGCUCGGAACUUCUCGAAGAGCCCACCGCCGGUGAAUUCGCGUGGCGUGGUGGAGAGUCCGAAGCCUGGAAGCAACUGGAAUCGUACUACACAAAGACAGGACUAGGAAGAUAUCAGCAGACCCGGAAUCAGCUGCACUGCCACUGUAGCAGUCGCCUCUCCCCUUGGAUGGCUAUCGGUUGCCUGUCCCCGCGCUCUGUGUUUUGGCGAGCCGUACAGUUUGAGCGAGAAAACGGCAAGGACAACGAUGGGCGCUUCGACCACGUCCAAAAGUUUAUUUUCCAGCUUUGCUGGCGCGACUACUUCCAUUUCUACUGCGCUCACUUCGGCCGGCGGGUGUUCUUCCUGUCGGGCCCUGCACGGCGAGCGCGCUCAUGGAGGAGGGACGCAGCUAUCGAACAGACCUGGAAGCAAGGAAGGACUGGUGUGCCCCUUGUGGAUGCACUGAUGCGGGAAUUGGCCGCGACUGGAUUUAUGGCCAAUCGGGGGCGUUACAUAGUAGCCUCCUACUUGAUACACUACCUGAACAUCGACUGGCGUGUAGGGGCCGACUGGUUCGAAAGUCUUCUAUUGGACCAUGAUGUUUGCUCGAACUAUGGUGAGUGGGCGUCCAUGGCAAACAUCGCUGUCGAUCUUGGAGACAAGUACCCCUUGGGCUUGAAGGGGCGCGGUCCUACGGGAGGCCGCAGGCCAGGUGCGCGAGGCGGCGGUGGCGAUCCGUGGGCAAGGGGUGUGGAGCUUGGGGACUCGGUAUUCGAUCCGUUCGAGCAGGCUCGUCAGUAUGACCGCGACGAAAGCUACGUGAGGCGCUGGGUGCCAGAAUUACGGUCCGUCCCUGUUGGUAGCAUCCAUGCCCAGCCCCGAGGCCCUAGUGGCUAUCCAUCCCCCGUGGCGGUCGAGCCAGUCCUCUUGAGCCGCCGAUGCGUACGACCUCCGGCUGGUGUGAAGGCAGCGGAGGAAGCAGAGCCGAAGCAGCAGAGCCUGCCUCGAACAGCCGAAGAUCCACCCACAAAGGCCCGCCCAGCACGCCGAUGGCAGGCGAAAGGAGCAUGGCUGCCUGAUGCCUGGGCAGCUCCGGCAAUGCUCCUACACGCAUUGCAGGCAAUGCUUCGAGAAUUGCAACGAGGAAUGAGUUGCAAGAGGUCUUUGUUCUCUCGCCUCCAGCCUGGUACACAUUUGCGGCCGCACUGCGGGCCGACGAACAUGCGACUGACCUGCCACUUGGGCCUCGACAUUCCGGAGGGCUGCAGGAUCACGUGCGCGGGGGAGUCUCGCGAGUGGGUGACCGGAAAGUGCAUUGUAUUCGACGAUUCAUUUGAGCACGAGGUUGUGCACGAAGGGAGCCAGCCACGCACUGUUCUUCUGGUCAACUUCUGGCACCCGGACAUUCCGUGCGGCAGGCGCUGCGAGCUGAGAAAGGAGCUGGGCUGA